CAGCUACAUUACACAGACGUCAAAGUUUCAUAUCAUCACCACUCGCGACUGUUCAUGAAUACAGCUUUUGAAAAACAGCUUAAAAUGAAAUACUGUAAGAUAUUUCUCUUUCUUCUAUUAAUGAUCACGGCUGUCUCAACAAAUGCUCAAGAAGUUACCUGUGAGGGUGAACAGCUCAUCAAUGUUGACAUUGUAGUUGGAAAUCCAGGUAAGGCUCCACCUUAUAAACCUGGACAUAUUUUAGUUUUUCGAUGCACAGAUGUGAACCUGAAGAUGCACGGCCAACGAACAAUCGAAUGUCUGUCAAAUGGAAAAUGGGAUUAUCCAUAUCCAAAAUGUGGAGAUGUUACAUGUCUUCUAAACACAAAAGAGAAAUACAUCAAAAUGGAUCGAUUCCCUGAUUUUGAGUGUCCCGUCACACCUGGAUAUAAUUUAACUUUUUCAUGCAAUGGUCAAGGACUGAUUUUAAAUGGACAGAGAGAAAUCACCUGUCAGUCAAAUGGAGAAUGGAGCAGCCCUUUUCCAAAAUGUGAAGAUAAACACACAGAAGCAGUAACCUGUGAGCUGAAGUCAACCACAUUUGGAGUGAAAAAGAUCAAGCCAGAGGGAAAGACUAUUUUCAGAGCUGGAGAAAGUGUGGAGAUCACCUGCUCUGAAAAGCACUGGUUCUUUUUUACAAAAGAAAAGAGCAGAUCAUUUACAUGCAAAGAUAAUGGAGAGUGGGACUAUGAGCCUGUUUGUGCAGAGAUUACAUGUGAAACUCCAUAUGACCAGAAUGUGUAUAGACCGUACUAUUACUUCAUCGGAGAUAAAAAAUUAGGAGCAAUAACAUCUUACCGUUGUGAGUCUGGAUAUCGUCAAACAGCAGCAGUGGCCACAUGUACACGAGACGGAUGGACACCAAAACCACUCUGUGCUGAAAUAGUGUGUGCAGCACCUAACAUCCCAAAUGCAGAGAUUGAUGGAGGUCAGAGUGAAAACUACAGAAUCAAUUCAAGAAUACAAUAUAAAUGUCACUCUGGAUUUGAACCAGAGCAGCCUGUACAAAUCACCUGUGAUUCCCAGGGCAAGUGGAGAGGCAUACAACAAUGCACGGAAAUGUGUGCAGCACCCAACAUCCCAAAUGCAGAGAUUCUGGGAGAUCAGACACCAAGAUACAAAAUCAGUUCACGAAUACAAUAUAAAUGUCGUCCUGGAUUUGAACCAAAGCAGCCUUUUCAUAUCACCUGUGAUUCCCAGGCUCAAUGGACAGGCAUUCAGCAAUGCACUAAAAUGCCAAAACUGUGCCUUGAAUCAUUUUUGGAAAAUGGGUUCACAUACAGCCACCCCUCCAACAAGGAAGAAAUCUUUUACUCCUGCAACACGGGUUAUAAACCAUUCACUGGGAACUGGUGGGAUUCAGUGACAUGCAGAAAAGCAUCUCAGUUUGACGAGCCUCGCUGCAUCCGGAAGGAAGAAUGUGGUGCUCUUCCCAGUGUUCAGCAUGGAAAACUAACCCUAACCCUUCAUGAUCCAGAAACUGCUGAUGUGGAAUGUGAGCCAGGGUUCAUGUCAACUGACCGCUCCAUAAAAUGCACCAAUGGUAGAUGGAAGAAACCAGUGUGUAAGGAGGUUGUGCGUUGUGGCAUUCCAAAUGUGAAAAAUGCAGUCAUAACAUCUGAACCUGAAGAAUUUUAUCCUGAUGGAUCUAACUUAACAUACGUAUGUCGAAGCUCAUACUUAAUGAGUGGAGAAAGUACGGUUUCCUGUCGCAAUGGAACAUGGGAAAAAACACCGACAUGCCAAGAAACAAAAUGUAAUGCAAAUCUCUCAGAGAACAUGAGAUCAGAUGAACACUGGGGGUCUGAGGUCUCAGUCAGACCAGGACAGACAAUAACUCUUUCAUGUGUUAGGAGGGGAUAUACAUUACAAGGACAGAACAAAAUCACCUGUCAGUCAAAUGGAGAAUGGAGCAGCCCUUUUCCUAAAUGCAUCAGUCAGAAAUGUGGGCCACCACCAGAAGUGGAUUAUGCAGAUACAAUAGAAUUGAAAAAAGAUGAAUACAAUACAGGGGAGAGAGUUGAAUACAGCUGCUUUAAUAAAUACACAUUGGAUCUGCGUCCACCUUUCUCCAGAUACUUGACCUGUGUGCAAGGAGAAUGGAGAGGGAAUAUUAGGUGUUUGAAGCCCUGUACAGUGCCGCGGUGGAGGAAAUGAAUAAGAG